AUGAAGUUCCAAUCUGGUCUGUAUUGCUCCAAUGGAAUUGUCACUUUACUACGCCACUGCCUUUCCCAAAAGACGGAAACUUCACAGCGUAAUAUUCAGUACGGUGUGUUCCUACCCUUACUGCAUAAAGCGCAAAACUUCCUACCACAGUCGCGAGUGCACUGUCUCUACGCUGCUGUAUUGGUGGCAAAACGUCAUGAAGAAGAGGCUGCUGUAUAUCUGGAAGAGCACAAGGCUGAGAUCGAUCCACUUGAUUGUGUGAUGGCGAUGAGAUAUAUGAAUGCCUUGAAAGCAAAAAUGGUGGAUGAAGAGUUCAUAAGACAAUAUGCUGAACUAUGCCUCAAGCAUACGAAACUUGUCGAGAAUGUUGAGGCGACCCGGCAGAUGCAAACCGAUUGGUUGCGCUUAUGCGGUAAAUUAAUCGCUCAUCUGAGUUUGGAUUGGCAUUUGGAUAGCAUUGACCUUAAUUCGAAGUACUUUUUUUGA